GUUUUCAGUGGCUUGUCAGAUUUGUGCUCGACGACGACGACUGAAACUUUGCUCUUACUGAAAAACACGUGUGUUUUCAGUGUGCGAUUUUAAUCAUGUAGGCGUGCUUAUUUCACUUUUUACACUAGUUUAUGCUGACACCAAUCGACGGGACUUUUCUCAAUCAACGAGUAUUACAAUUAGGAAACAAUGAAGUGAAGAAGACAGACGAUGGCUAUAUUACACUCUUGGUGUUGUUGGAGGUCGGUACGAAAAGGGAGCUUCGCAUGUGGCUUUUACACAGCUUUUUACUACACUAUAAAUGCAGCACAUUCUUCCAUCCUUUUGCACGAGGAGUUGGAAUUUUUCAAGCACUGUCCUCCCAAUUGUACGGAAAUAACCCAAUCAACCAUCCUCGACCCAGAUACUACAUCCGAAUCUUCCAUAAUAUUCACUCUUCUUAGUUUAUCAACGUCAUCCUCCGGCAUCCUAACGUCUUGUUUGCUACUUUACGGUCUCUACAAGGACUGUAAAUUUCUUUUAAUCCCUUGGAUAAUAAAUAUCAUCCUAUUUACAUUGCAAGACUUGGUCUAUAUUUGUCACCAAUUUUACGAACAUGCGCUUGGGUUUAAUCCAAGUAUUGCAAUUUUAAUAACACUAGACUUUUUCAUCACAUCUCUAAAUGUGUAUGCCUUAUUAUGUGUGAUAUCUCAGUAUCAAGAGUUGAAAGCUGGUCGUGGGAGGGCUCAAGACGAUCAAAAUAACAGGGAAAUCCCUCGCGACGGCGAUGAGUUACCCACCACGGGACUGCUCCACGGCAGGGUUCCUAACAUCCACUACAGUUCCCAGCCAACUGCGACUAGUUAUCUAAGUACUCGUCGCCCAAUCACCUACCAUGAGACUCGACCAACACCCACCCAGAGCCCCACCGGGACUGCGCCCCACACAUCCCUCGGUACCGACGAAACCUCACCCAGUAUAUUCAACAAAGGACCAAGAAAGUCGGUCAAGUUCCCAGACCAUUCCACUCCGACCCAUAAUGGGCCCCAAUUGCUGGAACCCUGGACCAUCGAUGUCAAAUUGUCAAAGGGGGCCGAUACAGCCCCCUUGAUCGAAACCAAUACCGACACCAUUCUACAGUCGAACUUGUAAAUAAUUUUGUAAAUAAAAGAACGAUAUUUUGUGUUAAAUGUAAAUUGUCUCUUCCUAAAAGAUUUUCUAAAGUUUCUAAAAUUUGUAACUAGAUCGUAAAAAAUCAAUUUACAGGGUGUUUUUAAAAAAUCAAAACGAUUUUAAUUGCGAAUUAUGAAAGCACUUUUUGAAGUGUUUCAGAUAAGUAUUAGAAUUGUUUUAAAAUAGAGCCCAACAUUAAAAACACACUGUAGAUUUUACUAGAGCUUGACUCGACCACACUUUGGACAAAAUAUGCACAGCCUCUGUUCUGUCAUUUGUGUGUGUAUAAAUUUUAACAAUUUUUCGCUUUGUCCAAAGUGCAGGUUUUCAGCUUUAACAAUUGUAAAUAUUAUUUUAUUUCAUGACAAAAUUUAUUGUUUAUUUUGUACUUGACAGCUAUAAUUAUAAAAAAAAUGUUAUUCAG